CCGACGAUGGCGUCAUUCUCGACUCCCGUCGUGACCUGCAACACCAAAGGCUGGGGCCCAACCGAACUCCCCAAGCAGUUCCUUAACAUCCCGUAUGCCCCGUUUGGCAAGCUGGACAAGUUGGGGAAGGCCGCCGAUUUCACGGCGCAAUACCAGACUGCCAAUGCCAACCGACCGGGACGCUACCAGCGCGUGACCGACCCGUCUGGCGUGAAUGCUGAGUUCCAAUACAAGCACGACGCGAUCGAAGACUCUUCGUUCCAACUGGUGGACACGGCCAAGGCCACCCGCAACAACACACGCCUCCGCCCGACGUGGGGUCAACAGCGAUUUGCUGCCAACCGCCUCAACAACCGCAAUGGCAAGACACCUGGCCAGGGCAUGACAGCCUUGGAAUCGCAGAGCCAAAUGAUGAAGAAGGGCCAACAGAAGCAGAACAAGCGAUGGGACCGUCUCUCGAACGCCCGCCGCAUGUUCACAACCAAGCGCCGCGACGGCGAAACCAAAGAGCGCAUGGCGUCUGUCCAAAUCAGCACCGAGUGGAAGCUGGUGCAACAAUUCGAACUGCAGCAACUGUUGAAGCUGCAAGCCAACAUCCCUGCCUCCGAGGACCUCAAGACGUUCGGCACGCUCCUGAAAUACGACGAUAACUUCGACCGCAUGUCCUCCCGCACUGCCAAGCCGCUGACGCGAUUCGAAAUCAAGGAGAAUGUGGCCGUGACUACGACGGAAGAUCCCGUCAUUGAGUCGUUGGCCACCGAAGGCGCUGGCACGGUGUUCGCCACGGACGCAAUCUUGGCGCACCUCAUGAGCUGCCCGCGCUCCGUGUACCCGUGGGAUAUUGUUGUGCAGCGCGUGAACAACUUGCUCUUCUUCGACAAGCGCGACAUCUCGUCCGGCAUCGAUCUCCUCUCGGUCAACGAAACCGCAUUGGAACCUCCGAACCCGGACGAGCCCGACAGCGUCAACCACCCCGACCGCCUCGCCGUCGAAGCCACAGACAUUAACACGUUCUUUGCCCAGCAAGUGCUGCGUCCGGCGACCGAAUUCACCAAAACGUACAACCCGAACCCGUUCCCGGACAACACAGCCCCUGUCGCGUACAAGUACCGGCGGUGGGCGCUCAACGAUUCGGUCAACUUGGUCGCUCGCUGUGAGGUGAAUGCGCUUUCGCUCAAAGGUGAAGUCGAACAAACGGUCAAGACGUUUGCCUUGAACGAGUGGGACCCCAAGCUCAGCGGCGGCAUUGACUGGCGCAAGAAAAUCGAUUCGCAGCGCGGGGCAUUGCUGGCCAACGAACUCAAGAACAACGCGCCGAAGUUGGCGCAGUGGACGCACUCGGCUCUCCUGGCAAACGCCGGGCUCAUGAAGCUCGGGUACGUGACCCGCCACAACACCAAGGACAACCAGGCGCACGUGAUUUUGGCGACGCAGUCGUACAACCCCGUCGACUUUGCGCAGCAGACGUCGCUGAGCCUGACGAACGCGUGGGGCAUCAUUAAGAUGCUGGUCGAGUUGUUCAUGGAGCAGCCGGAAGGCAAGUACGUGAUGAUGAAGGACCCCAACAAGCCCGUCGUGCGGAUUUAUUCGGUCCCGCUCAACACGUUCGAAGACGAAGUCGCCGACGACGACGAAGAUGACGAAGAGGAUGACGAAGACGCUCUGGACGACGUAGAUGAAUUGGACGAAUAAAUACCUCGAUUCCACCGGCUUUGAACAAUGGCAUGGAUCUGAGAUAACACCUUUUAAGUCACGUCUAGCAAUGUCGUUAACCAAAGUGGAACGGAGCCG